GUUGUACAGAGCUGUGCUGGGUGAAUAGCGCAACUUGGAGCUGUUACCCGAAAACGUCAAAACGGAUUCAAGUAUGGAAACCGAGUUUGCGCAAGAGGAUGACAAUGAGCUUGAAGAGACCAGUACCUCCACGUGUGAAAAUGAAAACUCUCAGAUACAGUUAAAUUCAGUGUCUCAUGUAACACUUUCUCAGGGUGUCGUUGAUUUACAAAAUGGCAAUGAACUCAAAUCAGAAGAACAAUUGUGUGUUGAUACCAAUGCUGUAAUUGGUGAAGAAAUACAAUGCAAUGACAGUUCUAGAAUCUGCAAAGAAAGUGUCAACAUAUUGUCUCCUGCUCUUCAAUAUUCUGAAAGUGAGAACAUUGUAGCUAUGGCAACAGUUCAAUCAAGUGACUUACAGGCAAAAGGGCAAAUGGAAGUAGAGGUGCAAUUGGGGAGCCUUAAUGUCAGCGUCUGUAAUGAAAAUGAUGGUGAACUGGGUCUGUCCUCAGAAACAACUUUUCCCAAUGUUAGUGUUGUAGAUGAUGAAAAAGAGGAAAGCUCUUCGGAAGACUCAUCGUCUGACAGCGAGUCUGAUUCAUCAUCCUCCUCCUCCUUGCCUCUGUUAAUUCACGUACAAGAGGUUGAUGACCCAGAUGAAAACAGCGAAGUUCCCUUGAAGACAAAAGAUGAAAUUCUUCUUAAUGAGCUGCCUGAAAUUGAAGAAGCCACAAUUAGUUUGCCUGAAGAUGUUGAACUAAAGCCGUUUGGAACAGUCUCCAGCAUUGUUGAACAGCUAGUGAUAAUUGAAUCUAUGAAAGAUGUUCCACCACUUAAUGAAGACAGUGUCAUUUUUAAGGAAGACCGACGUUCUGUUGGAAAGAUAUUUGAAAUAUUUGGACCUGUUCCACAUCCAUUUUAUGUCAUACGAUAUAAUACAAAAGAUCAAAUUAAAGACAAGGGUUUCAAAAUAAAAGACACAAUGUAUUUUGCACCGACUGUUGAAGACUUUACACAGUAUAUCAUUCCGGAUGUAUUAAAAAAUGAAAAGGGGUCUGAUGCUUCCUGGACCCAUGAUCAAGAGCCACCAAAAGAGGCAUUGGAUUACAGUGAUGAUGAAAAGGAAAGAGAAUCAAAGCAGAAGAAAAAGCUCCAAAAUCCUGGGAAAAAGAAACAUAAGUUGGAACAGGACCAAUCAUCAAUCUCCUCACAUGAACAAAACCGCUAUCGCAGACAACAGAAUUUCUCAAGACCUAACUCUGGGCCACGCUUUCCAAGCAGUGUUACUGCACAAGAAAAUUUCUAUGGACAGCAUCAUGGACCCUUUUUUCAAACCGAUUUCUCUGUACAGCAGUCAAUGCAACAGUCCUAUGGCUUCCACAAUCAAGGCUCUCAAGAUUAUCCCAUGCCAACCCCUAAUAAUGGUUAUGGUUCUCCUAUGUCAAAUGCAUAUGGACCUCACUAUGGCAAUACACACCCCUUUUCUGCUCCUCCUCCUCCACCACCUCCCUCUAACAUGGCUUGGCCUGAUCCAAAUGCACACUACAUGCAGAAUGUACCAUUCUAUCCACCACCGCCACCACCACCUUCUGGAAACCCUAAUCAUCCUCCAUUUGGUUCUCAUUUUUAAAAGAAGGUCUAUCUGUAACUAAAGGAUUGUACAAUGCAUUUCUUUAAAGCUUUCUUGAUUUAUUAUGGUAAAGAAAUGUCAU